CCCCCCCUCUGCCUCCGCGCCGCUUCCCCUGCCCGCCUCUUUCUCAACACUUGACCCAGAGCCCAAGGCAAGCGCUCGAUCCCCUAUCGACCGAAUUCUCGCCAUCUCCCUGGAUCGACUCCGCCUCCUCUGCUCGGUCAGUGCUUCCCCCCCUGCCGACUUCUCGGACCUCCACUCUUCCCCUUUUCUCCCCUUCCAAUGGGCCUCCACGAGCAGCUGCCAGAUGGCACUUUCUACAACCCCUCGUUCGAUGUGGAGUUCCUCCAUAAUGUCACCCCCGGCCGAUACAUCACCCUGGGGGCUGUCAUGUUUUCCUUCUUCCUCACCGGGUUAGUUCUCCUGUAUAUUUGGUUCCACCGGAGAUAUCUCCCCUUCAAGGCCAAGCAACUUCCCAUCAUCUGGUUCAUGUGGUUUGGUGCCAUCUUUUUCCAAUUCGGCACCAUGGCCGCUUUCAAAAUGACCCCCUAUUUCGGCGGGUGGUGGUGCUCCUUCACGUACUGGCUAUCGAUCCCUUUCGGCUAUGGGAUCUUCGCCUUCUCCUUUUUCUUCCGCAUGUGGCGCCUAUUCCUCAUCUUCCAAUUCAAAAAGCAGGAUCCCUUUGUGCUCUAUGGCGUGUCCAUCAUCUUCUGGCUGCCGACGCUCCUCAUCACCAUCGUCCUGACGGCCCUCGAGACUCAAGGCCCUAUUGUGCUGAACGGCACCGAGGGCUGCUUCGAGCGCUCCAACUACCUUAAGUUUGCCUACACCGGGGUCAUCGCGAUUCACCUGCUCUUCCUGAUUCCCAUUUGCAUUGCCAACCGCAAUGUGCGCCAGCGCUACUUCAAUGAGUACAAGUUCACCCUCAUUCAGAUGACCUUCUACUCUUUCUCCUCGUCGAUCACCCUGCUGUCGUACAUGUUCCGCUGGUUCCACCGGGCCAUGGGCUACCUGACGGUCCUGCCCUCGACCGUGGCCCUGCAUGUCAUCAUUCUCAUGACCCUGGUCGUGCCGCUGUACCACCACACCUUCCAUCGGAAGGAAUAUGAAAUCGAGUUCCAUAAGAGUUUCGAAUUGGACUACACCGACGGGUCGUCCUCUUCCUCGCGCAAGGAGAGCUUCUCCUCGCCGACGCUCACGCCCCUCCGAGCCACCGAUACCAGCAGUGCCCCGGGCUGCCACGAGUCGGACUUCGAGCUGAGCCAGCGCCGCGGCAGUGAUCCCCAAUCGCAGCCGCCCACUCCGAGCGCUUCCACCCUCGCGCCGCAUCACCCCCACCACCCCCACCAUCACCGGCCCUCAACCUACUCUCUGAGUUCCCCCUCGAUGGCCAGCUCGCCGGGGCUGUCGCACUCCGAGGACAGCCAGCUGUCGCCGGAUCUCCACCCAACCAAGCACCACCACCAUGAUCCGAAGAGCGGCUCAUCCUCGGACAGUGGUUCGGACAAGGUCGGUGCCGAGGCGGCCGACAUCUCCAUCGUGGUGACCACCAUCGCCGAGGACGACCUCAACAAUGACCCGCGGGAGCCGGCCGGCCCCGGGGGCUGCUCAGUCUUCGAGGAUUCCUUCGGGGUCCGUCACUCGGACUCCCACUUCGCCAGUGACUCGGACCAAGGUUCCCUGUUCGGCGACCGCCAGGGCGAUGAUGCCCACGCCGGGGGCCUCUCCAAUUCCAACUCCAGCGCCAGCGACUAUUCCGACCAUGAGAUGUACCAUGACGGCCAGAGCUUCGCCUCCGGGAGGCGGUCUCCCGCUUCUGGCAUCCGAAUCAGCCUGGCUGACCAUUCGCCCGCCGCGGCCGCCGCGGCAGCCACCCGCUCGCCCCCCGUGUCGCCGGCCUCCUACCGGUCGCACUCUUCUCACAUGUCGCAUGUGUCGCAUGCCUCCCAUGCCUCCCAUGCCUCCCAGGCGUCGCAUGCCUCCCAUGCCUCCCAUGCCUCCCAUGCUUCCCAGGUUUCCCAGGCCUCUCGGGUGUCAUAUGCCCGGCCGAUGAGCCCCACGCCGCCCGCGCAUACUGGCACCUUUGAGGAUGACCCGGAGGCGUUGAUCCACUAA